AUGAUUGAGUCAUUGUUGAAACAACCUUUCGUUUAUGGAGUCCAUGCAGAGGUGUCACAAUUCUUCAAUGGAUUAAAUUCCAUUGGUCAGCUUGGUGAUAGGAUUUUACAAAACAAGCAGUUGUUUGAUUUGACCUUGGGUAACCAACAUCCAUCUUUAACGAAAUCAUCAUUCAUGACAUUGUACAAGAUCAACCGCUCAGAAGAAGGGUCCAACCAAAGCAGCAAGGAGGAUAGUACUAUCUAUUGCUUUGAAAUUUUCCUGCAAGAUUUGGAAAGGGUGAUAUUAAAGAGAUUAUCACUUGAACAUCUUCUCGUAUUUAUCACUGGGGCUGAUUGUUUGCCGCCAUUAGGAUUCAGUAAGAAUAUCACGGUUGAUUUUUACAACUUUGAUGAAAAUAGCCGUCUCCGUCCCUAUGCAUCAACAUGUCUUGAGGAUUUGAAAAUCCUGUAG